UCGCCGCUGGACAGGCUUGGGAUACUGGGAGAGCCGGAAGAGCUGCGGAGGGAGAACCAGCGGAUCCCUGCACCGUUUCUCCAUCAAAGCUGCGGCUGUGAGCGGACCGCGUCCACCGGGGAGGCUUUAGAGAGUUCAGCCGAGUCGAAGCUACCUUUGUCGAGUGCGUGGUCUAGGCUCACUAAAGAUGCGGAGGGCAGCAGUAGGACAGAUGGUCAAUGUGACUGUAGAUGAUGGAGGGGACGACUGGGAAACUGACCCUGAUUUUGAGAAUGAUUUGUCAGAGAAGGAGCAGCGCUGGGGGGCCAAGACGGUGGCUGGCUCAGGACAUCAGGAGCACAUAGAUAUCCAUCGGCUGCGUGAGACGGUGUCGACCGAACACACCAGCUUGAAGCAGAAGGAGCUGGAGACGAUGCCCAAGGCCUCUCAUGGAUAUGGAGGAAAGUUUGGAGUGCAGCAGGAUCGCAUGGACAAAUCGGCCGUGGGUCAUGACUACCAGAGCAAGUUGUCCAAGCACUGCUCCCAGACCGACACCUCCAAAGGCUUCGGAGGGAAGUUUGGAGUGCAGGCUGACCGCGUUGAUCAGUCAGCUGUUGGGUUUGAGUAUGCCGGAAAGACGGAGAAACACGCCUCGCAGAAAGACUACGCCACUGGGUUUGGGGGUCGAUACGGCGUGCAGGCAGAUCGUGUCGACCAGAGCGCAGUGGGCUUCGAUUACCAGGGCAAAACCGAGAAACACGAGUCCCAGAAAGAUUACGCCAAAGGCUUCGGCGGCAAGUUCGGCGUUGAGACCGACAAGGUGGACAAGAGCGCCGUGGGCUUCGAGUACCAGGGCAAAACAGAGAGGCACGAGUCUCAGAAAGAUUAUGUAAAGGGCUUCGGAGGAAAGUUCGGCGUGCAGACGGACAGACAGGAUAAAUCGGCUCUGGGAUGGGACCACCAGGAGAAACUGCAGCUGCACGAGUCUCAGAAAGACUAUAAGCGUGGGUUUGGAGGGCAGUAUGGGGUAGAGGUGGAGAAGCAGGACCAGUGUGCUCUGGGCUAUGAGCACAAGGAGCGCCUGGCCAAGCACGAGUCCCAGAAAGAUUAUUCUAAAGGAUUCGGAGGGAAAUUUGGUGUCCAGAACGACCGCAUGGAUAAGAGCGCAGGCACGUUUGACGAUGUGGAGAAGCCGACAUCAUCCUACCAGAAAACCAAACCUGUGGAGGCUGCCGGCAGCAGCACAGGAAGCAUCAAGGCUCGCUUCGAGAACAUCGCCAAGCAGAAGGAGGAGGAGGACCGGAAGAGGGCCGAGGAGGAGCGAGCGCGUCGACAGGCCAAAGAGAGGCAGGAGCAGGAGGAGGCUCGACGUAAGAUCGAAGAAACCCCCAAAGCCCCGUCUCCUGCCCCGGCUGCCAGCCCCAGUCCCACUCCCAGCCCCACCCCACCAGUGCAGCCAGCAACAGCAGCAGCAGCUUCAGACAACCAGAACGUCGAGGAUGUUACCAGCGACGCUGCAGAGAACGGAGAGCAGCUGUACGAGCCGGAGCCACAGAGCCAAUAUACACAGGAGGAGGAACUCUACCAAACCCCCGACGACAACGCAGCAGCAGAUGGGCAGCGGUAUGAGUACGGCGAGGACCUCGGGGUGACAGCUGUAGCUCUGUACGACUACCAAGCAGCUGGCGACGACGAGAUCUCCUUUGACCCCGACGACAUCAUCACCAACAUCGAGAUGAUCGACGAGGGCUGGUGGCGAGGCGUCUGCAGAGGCGCCUAUGGCCUUUUCCCUGCCAAUUACGUGGAGGUUCGACAAUGACGGCGCAGAGACGAGACGAGCUGAGAGUCUCCCCGACCUGCAAAAAAUAAAGAAAAAAAGAGGGAGAUGUUUUUCCAGAUCCUUUUCACACUUUUCUCUCUCUUUCCGCCUCAUCUCAACGCUUCGACACUGUGCGAGACGUCCUCAGGACUCCUAGCCGGCUUUGUUUUGCUCAUUUUUCCAUCCCUCUCCUGCCUUUUCCAUUUUCAGAUCCCCUCGUUUGUCUCCGUGCAGCAGCAGCAGAGCAACUUAGAGAACAAAUCUUUUAUCUGCACCUCUGCAUCGUAGUAGUUAGAGCUGCAAAAUGCACCUUCGAGGUGACUUCAUGAGCCCCAGGUUGCAUUUUGCAGCUCUAAACACUGUCUCCGGAGUUGAGACAUGUUAGAAAUGCAGUUCAGUCUCACCAAAGACCAGAGAAAUAACAGAAAUGAGCUUGAAACGUAUCCAAUUGUGAGUCUUUGGGCAGGGCUCAGGGUGCUCGCUGUAUAGUAGCUCCAUCUAAAUGUAAGCAGGAGCAGUUUAAAGUGGAUUAUUGUGUUUAUUUACUGUCCAGUGCAUCGACUGUGGACCAAAAAGCUUAAUUAUCCAGAUGAAGCUGCACUUGUUGAUGGAAAACCGAGCUUUGUUUAGAGCUUCCUGUAGUACGAAUCUGUUCUGCAUCAGUCGCAGGGUCGAUUAGGAGUGAUCGGUAAUAAUCUUUAUACCUUUUACUGAUGUUUAAAUCGUUGCAGAAUCAUGGGGCCAAUAAUAAUAAAGUUUUCACAACAGAGAAACACUUCAGCUCAUCGUAUUAUUUUUAUCAUCCGCUUCGAAUCGUGUACAGAGAGAUUCAUCGUUUAUGAUGCUUGAGAGAAAUAAUAGAUUUGAAAGCAUAUUUUUGUUCCCUGUCGCCGUGUUUUCGUGAAUGUUCGGGGUUGUUUUCGUGUCAUAUGUCAAUACGCACGCAUGAGGAGACGAGGGAACAGUGCGUGUUUUUAAAAAAAUAAAUGAAUAAAUAAACGAGUGAUUGAUCAGCAGUGAAGACGACCUGUAGACACAAAGCAGGUGCUGUUAAGGGACGAGGCUUUGCUGUUUUAUUCUCCAAACACUAAUUUUACGGCGGUUCAACAAACUGGAUGGCCAUAGUGUAGCGUUAAACCUGAGUGUGUGUGAGGGCUCUCAGUUAUUCAUCUUUGGGGUUUUAUAAUAAAAAGUGACCUUUUCAAAUGUAUUAUUUUUUAUCUGUACCUCUGUUUGCUUGAGUCACAUCAUUACCUGUUUGUUCUUUUUUUUUAGUUUCAAUAAAUAAACUAUAAAUUAUA